AUGUCGUCAACUCAGACCUCGGAAGAGUCUACAGCAACAGUCAUCGUCGCCGACCUCCUCAUACCCGGCCGCGGCGAUCCGUUUCAAGAUGCCGCUGUCGCAAUAGAGGAUGAUAAGAUCACCUUCGUCGGCCCAGCCCAGAACCUCCCGGAUAAGUACAACACCGUCAAACCGGUCCGCGUCCCGGUCAUAAUGCCGGGUCUCUGGGACGUGCAUACACACUUUCUCGGCUUCGACGUCGCGACCACCUUCGGGGGCGGUUUGUUCAACUUCCUGCCCGGUUCCAACGCCCUCAUCGGGGCCGUCACCGUCCAGGACCUCGAGAGGACGCUGAAGGCAGGGUACACCUCCGUCCGUGAGCUCUGCGGAUACGCGGGCGACCUGGUACCGGCCAUCGAGAUGGGGCGUAUCGUCGGGCCGAACGUGUACUCUUCUAUCGCGGCCAUGUCCAUCAGCGGCGGGCACGGUGACGAGCACACGUCUCCCAUCGACACGGUGAUGAACUUCGCCAGGUGCGGCGGGCCCUGUUCCAUUGCAGAUGGCGCGGAUGACUGCACCAAGCAGGUGAGGUUGCUGGUGCGCCGGGGCGCGCGUUGCAUCAAGGUCUGCUCGAGCGGCGGGGUGUUGAGUGUGCUGGAUGACCCAGAAGAUAGGCAGUUCUCGGACGAGGAGCUUAAGGCCAUCGUCGACGAGGCUGCGCGCAGCCGUCGUGCUGUUGCUGCCCACGCCAUCGGCAAGGCGGGUAUUCUGGCCGCGCUGAGGGCCGGGGUCAAGAGUAUUGAGCACGGCAUGUACCUCGACGAAGAGGUUGCGGACCUCAUGCUAGAGAAGGGGGCCAUCUUUGUGGCUACCCAGCACAUAGUCAACAGCGUCAGCAAGGACACCUCGAAGUUGCCGCCGUACAUUGCGCGCAAGAUCGAGAAGCUGGUCCAGAGGGCCGCGGACUCGUACUCGCUGGCCAUCAAAAAGGGGCUCAAGAUAGCGUUGGGGACGGAUACUCUCAGCAGCGAUCCCUCCAAGGAAAUGGCACACGGAAAUAAUGCCAAAGAGCUGUACUGGGCUGUCAAGAGAGGCAUGACGCCUCUGCAGGCUAUCGAAGCCGGCACCGCCAAUGCUCCUGAGGUGCUCGGCGGGAUGGCACCUCUCAGCGGUCAGCUCAAGGUGGGAUACGAUGCUGAUCUGAUUGCCGUUGCCGAGAAUCCUCUUGACGACGUUACGAUUCUGAUGAAGCAGGAGAACGUUACCCACGUCUGGAAAGGAGGGAAACUGUUCAAGUCCCCCUGA